UUGUUUAAGGAGAUUGUUAUUCGGAGGGCAUUCAAAUCUUCAUGUAAGAAUAAAUAACGGACUGAUUUUGUUGAGGAAUUGAAGUACAUUACGGCAUUAGUGCGUAGAUAAAAUCCGAGUUAUAAAACCUUAACGAAGUACUUACUUUUUACGCCAAUUUUAAAGUGCAUAACCAAUAUAAUAGAACAAUGGCGAAGAUAUUUCGCGCGGUAUGUGUAUCCACUAUUGAUAAUUCGCAUAAUUUUAAACCAAAGUUCGAAUUCCCAGUUAAUAUAUUAACUGAUUAUGAUCCACAAGGGUUAAGUGUUAAAAUACUACGAGCCGAUGAUACUUCACAUGUAGGAGAUUACGUUGUUGAAUUUCCUGUGACAAAUAGCAGUGAAUGUUCCCGAAUUUCGAAAUUAGGAUACGUUUUUAAUAUUGACAAUGAAACUCUACAUUUUAAAUUUUCCAAUGAAAAUGACGCGCGGGAAUUUCAUUGCAAAGUCACGAAGGCAAAAUCAGGCAAGCAUACUUCUAUAUUUUCUGAUAGAACAGAGGAUUCUUCAGCCCUGCAGUAUUUUCAGUUUUAUGGUUAUCUGAGCCAACAACAAAACAUGAUGCAAGAUUUUGUGAGAACUAGUACGUACCAGCAAGCAGUAUUAAAAAAUUUGAGCGACUUUGAAGGAAAAAUAGUCUUAGAUGUUGGAGCCGGUUCAGGAAUACUUUCUUUCUUUGCAGCUCAAGCAGGUGCAAAAUGUAUAUAUGCUGUGGAAGCGAGUAAUAUGGCUACUCACACACAACAUUUAGUAGCGGCUAAUAAUAUGUCAGAUCGCAUAAUAGUUAUAGCUGGUAAAAUAGAAGAAAUUGAUCUACCACAAAUGGUCGAUGUAAUAAUAUCUGAGCCAAUGGGGUACAUGUUGUAUAAUGAAAGAAUGUUAGAAACAUAUAUACAUGCUAAAAAAUGGCUCAAACCGGGAGGAAAAAUGUUUCCUUCUAGGGGAGAUUUACAUAUAGCCCCAUUCACAGAUGAAACAUUAUACAUGGAGCAAUAUAAUAAGGCAAAUUUUUGGUUUCAGUCUAGUUUUCAUGGAGUUGAUUUAAGUUCAAUGAGAAAUGCAGCUAUGAAAGAAUAUUUUCGUCAACCGAUAGUUGAUACCUUCGAUGUUAGAAUAUGUAUGAGUAAAUCUGUGCGCCAUGUGGUGGAUUUUCUGGAAGCAAAUGAGUCUGACUUACACAGAAUUGAAGUACCUUUUGAUUUUCAUCUAUUAGAAACGGGCCCCUGCCAUGGUCUUGCAUUCUGGUUUGAUGUUGCAUUCAAUGGAUCUACACAACAAAUUUGGCUAAGUACAGCUCCCACGGAACCUCUCACCCAUUGGUACCAAGUCCGCUGUCUUUUAGAAAAUCCUAUAUUUGUUAAACAAGGCCAGCUUCUGACUGGUAGAGUUUUACUUGUGGCUAAUAAGCGUCAGAGUUACGAUGUUACUAUGGAUUUAACAGUAGAAGGAACCACAAUUACAUCGAGCAAUACUUUAGACCUAAAAAAUCCAUAUUUCAGAUAUACAGGAGCACCCAUAGUACCACCUCCAGGUACAUGCAACACAUCACCAAGUGAAGGAAUUUGGACACAGAUUGAUGCCCAAGGAGCAAAGAAUGCUAUAAAUUUAGUUAAUGGAAUGUCGGUUAAUGGAUUAGGAGAAGUGUCGAUGGACACCAGUCAAGUUGUGAAUUCAAAUUUAAUAGCACUGACAAAUCAACCUAAUAUUCAUCCAGGAUGCAUAUCAAGUACUGGAAGAGGUCGGGCUACAGGUAAUGCAACGUCGACUCAAGCCGCUCAACUCAUUGGGGGAGGUAUUUCGCCAUCACUCUUCACCUCACCAGAACAUAAUACAGCACAAAUAAUGAUGGCCAACACACACUACCCCAUAAAUGCCAGCUUAAUGAUAGGGGAUUACAUGACACCUAAUCAAGCUAAUGUUUAUCAGUGAAGUUGAGUUACAGACAAUCAAUCGUAUAGAUUGUGCUUAAACAGUGCUGCUAAUAAUGACAUUUUGGUAAAUUUUGUGAAUUAGCUAUCAGUUUUUUGAGAACUAAUUUGUGCUUUCAUGAAGUUGAUCAGUUUGAG